GUUCAGACGAAGAAAAUCCAGAACUACCGAGGAAGUGCAUCCGUCAGAACCAUCAGCAAAAUGGCAACUGCAGUCUCCAACUUUAUCACCAAGAUCCUCUGUGAAAAUCAGGGACGUUUGGACUACAAGCAGCUUUACCAGAAAAUCCGCCAAACCGUCACUGUAGUCGAUUCAUUGCUUUUCGACGUUCUGAGUGACCGCAGUAAAUUUGUCAUUACUGAAGGUAAACAAAAGGCAGCGAGCCGUGCUCUGGGCGCAGACAGCGUUAUCGUUGCAAAGACUUCCCUUAGACUCUGUCAAAAACUUCCGAAUGACUGUAACAACUGCGGCGAUCUACACCUGUGCAGAUAUUUUGUGUGUGGUAACUGCAAGUACAGGAACAAGUGUAAAAACUCCCAUGACUUGGACUCUGCCUACAACAGAGGGGUACUGAGAGCAGUGGGUCUGCAGGAGCUGGGGGAGGCAGCAUUGUUUUGUCUGCUGCUGCAGAAUGACUCCUACCUGCUGCCUGAGAUCUGCUCGCAUUACAACAAGGGCAAUGGAGAGCACGGCUCGUGCAGGUACAAGGAGGGCUGCACCAACCUGCAUGUCUGCCAGCACUUCCUGCAAGGAGACUGCAAGUUUGGCGCUGCCUGCAAGCGGUCCCACACCUUCGGCCCAAACACCAUGAAGAUCCUGUCCGGCAGGGGCGUCAGCCCGGAGAACAUGCGUAUCUUGCACGAGAUUUACAAGAACAGAUUCGCCAUCGCCCACCACGCUGAGAAACCAGCGGGGUCUCCUCCAGCACCGCCACCAGCACCAGCAGUGAAAGAGCGUUCCCGAAAACCGUCUAGCAACUCCAUCAGUGAGGCAGACAGCAACGAGAUCUGCCUCUUCUUCAUCCGCAGACACUGCAGCUUCAAAGAGAAGUGCGUCCGAGUGCACUACCACCUGCCUUAUAGGUGGCAGGUUUUAAGCAGUGAUGGAAGCACCUGGAAGGACCUUCCCAACAUGGAGGACAUCGAAAAGGCCUACUGUAACCCCAAAAACAGCAAGAGCCAGGGGAGCCCCCCGGUGGACUUCCUCACCAUGACAUUUGGAGCUUGGAAAGUCCGCCGCCUCUCCACGGCCUCCGCCGUCACCAAGCCGCCCCACUACAUCCUGACCACCGAGUGGCUGUGGUACUGGCAGGAUGAGCAUGGGACGUGGUCCGAGUAUGGUCAAGAGGCUAAUGGAAAGACUGCAUCCUCCAUCACAUCGCAAAGCCUAGAGAACGUCUAUCUGGCAGAUGUGGACAAAGAAGUCCAGUUCAGUGCUGGCAAUCAGCAUUAUGUUCUCAACUUUAAAGACAUGUUUCAACAGAACUGCAAAUAUAACACCAAGAGAGAGAUUCGGAGGAGGCCACGAUUUCUCUCAGCCCAGGAGGUGGAGAAGAAGUUGAAGAAAGAGACGCCGGAGACUUCCAGCUCUACGGCUGUGUGUGUUCCUCAGCACUGGGACAAGGCAGCCCUGCCUGAUUUCACUUACAAGCUCGUUACCCUGUCCAGCUCCACGAUGGAAUACAGACAGGUGGAGCAGCUGUUCAAGCAGACCAUGCCUGCAAGCACCAUCCACAGCAUCCAGAGAGUGCAGAACCCGUCCCUGUGGAGAGUCUUCCAGUGGCAGAAGGAGCAGAUGCAGAAGAAGAACGGCGGGAAGGCGGUGGACGAGCGGCUCCUGUUCCACGGCACGGAGCAGUCUCUCAUCGCGGCCAUCUGCGAGCAGAACUUCGACUGGAGGAUCUGUGGAGUCCACGGGACCAUGUACGGCAAAGGAAGCUACUUUGCCAGGGAUGCUGCGUACUCUGACAGAUACACCAGGUCCAACAGCAAAACCAAGAGCAUGUUUGUGGUGCUGGUUCUGGUUGGGGAGUUCACAAGAGGAGCAACCAGCUACCUACGUCCCCCUGAGAAAGGGACCAACCAGGGCUUCUAUGACAGUUGUGUUGACUCUAAGACAAAUCCUACCAUUUUUGUCGUCUUUGAGAAGCACCAGAUUUAUCCUGAGUUUAUCAUUGAAUACAGCUAG